AUGGAGAGGGACGUGUCGACCGACAACAUCGCGAGCGUGAUGAACCCAGGCACCACGGGCCACAGCACGCGGAUGAUGGACGGCCAGAAGUUCUGCCUGAAGUGGGAUGGCUUCCAGGGCAGUGUGACGUCACUGUUUGAUCAGCUGAGGCUGGAUGGCGAGCUGGUGGACAUCACGCUCUGCUGCGAGGGUCAGCGGGUGCGCGCGCACCGGAUGAUGCUGUCUGCCUGCAGCCCAUACUUCAGGGAGCUGCUCAAGGACAACCCAUGUCAGCAGAUGGUGAUCUUCCUGAAGGACACGUCGGCCGCCGACCUGCGGGCCAUCAUCGAGUUCAUGUACAAGGGCAGCGUCAACGUGGCCCAGAGCCAGCUGGCCAGCUUCAUCAAGACGGCCGAGAUGCUGCAGGUCCAGGGCCUCAGUGGGAACGACGACAAGGAGCCGAUCAAGGUGGAGAAGGUGGACCUGACGCUGGACGACGACGGCGACGCGGAGGAGGCGGCGACGGCGGAGGGCGCGGCGCUGGAGGCCGCGCUCGGCCGCGUGGCCGACUUCGAGGGCUUCGAGGCCGGCUCCGACCAGUCGAGCGACGCCCUCCUGCUCAGCGCCGAACGGCUCGGCGGCAGCGCGGGCGGAGUGGCAGGACCGUCACAACGCUGCAGCGAGGACGGCGGUUCGCAAGCGAAGCACAUCUGCCCGCUGUGUGGAAAGACGUACUCGAGCCGUCUCUCACUGGACCUGCACCGCAAGGUCCACUUCGGCCUCACCACCUGCGCGCUGUGCAGCAAGACCUGCAGCCGGGUGAGCGUGCUGCGCAAGCACCUCUCUACUGUGCACCGGCUGGACGAGGAGACGAUUCUCAAGAUGGCGCCGCGCAACAGGAAGAUCGUGCGGCGAUGAACGGCGCAUGCGCGGAGCGGCGCGUGCGCAUGCGCUGGAGAUUUGAUUGGGGAUUUGUGUGCGUGUUUAAGGUUACGCGGAGGAAGCGUGCGCACCACCGAUGUGAGCUUAACGUC